AUGAACGUGGUGAUUCUCCUCAACCAGGCAUGCCUGGAACCCCUGGCAGCAUCACAGAACCGAGUCAACUACGGUUUCGACAAGGUGCAACUCCGCAUAUACGACACGGACAAACUAGCGGCAGACAAUCUGGCUGCAUGUGCGUCCUACACUCAUCUAAGGAACUCAUCCUGGGUGGAGACGCCAACUCACACCACACACAAUAGGGAAGUACUUUAUGACUAUCUCCUUCAAUCCAACUUAUUCAUCUGCAACAAAGAGAGAGGGUUCCAAAACAAGGAAUACUCCUUGGCAGCCUUCCUAGACAUAGAAGGCACUUUCAACAAUGUCACCCCAACGGCUAUCACUGGCGCUAUGACGGAACUAGGCAUUGAGCGCCCUAUAGUGGGACUCAUUCACACCAUACUCACCAGUAGGGUAGUGUACUCCACUAUGGGAUCAGCACAAUCGACUAGGAACGUUAAGGAAGCGGGAACAAAAGUGGUGGUCUAUGCGGACGACGUGGUUAUCCUAAUGCAAGGAAAAUUUCCUCAAACGCUAUGCAACUUGAUGGAGACAGCCUUAUCCACACUCUCAAGCAACCAAGCAAAGUAUUUAGGCGUCAUCCUAGACAAGAAACUCCUCUGGGCAGAGAACAUCGCGGACCGCACACGCAAAGCGGCCAUAGCACUCUUUGCUUGUAAAAAAGCUAUAGGGAGAAAGUGGGGCUUCUCUCCCGUAAUAGUUCACUGGCUAUACACUGCAAUAGUCAGACCCAUUCUCCUCUAUGGAAUCAUCGUCUGGUGGCACUCCCUAGAAAAGAAUUGCAACCUAAAGAAUCUGCACAAGAUCCAAAGAAGCGCAGAACUCUGCAUAAGUGGGGCGCUUCGCACAACCGCCACUGAAGCAUUGAAUACAAUUCUUGACCUAGAACCUCUAGACCUGCUUGCCAAAAGCUGGGCAUCAGCAACGGCGCUGAGGCUCCGCGAAGCGUCGGCCUGGUCAACAGGCUCAUCAGGUCACUCCAUUAUACUUACAAACCAGCGUUAUAUACCACACAGAACAGACUACGUCCCACCCAUAGUCAACUUCGAAAAAAGAUACAAGGUUCUCAUACCCACCCGCACAGAAUGGGACCACCUCCCUCACCAGAUCGAGAACGCCGUCAAUAUAUACACGGAUGGCUCCAAGCUUAACUUGCAAACAGGAGGGGGAGUUUUCUCGCCUGAACCAGACAUAAAAGUCUCUUUUCGACUACCAGAUCACUGUAGUGUCUUCCAAGCGGAAGUGAUGGCAACCCAGGAAGCCAUGUCUUACCUGGAUACAACAAAUCACUGCAACACAGACAUCAUCAUAUUUUCCGACAGUCAAGCAGCCCUCAGGGCCCUCGACUCCUACUCAACUAACUCACUUACUAUCUCUGAAUGCCGCAAAUCUCUGAACGAGAUGGCCACUCAUCUCAGAAUCAGCCUCAUUUGGGUGCCUGGACCCGACACGGUGGGCAUGCCCAUAGCUACCUGCAGUCUUCUCCUCAAGCAAAGAUUGUAUACCCUCUCCAACAACCGUUGGAAUACGAUCUCAACAUGCCACACCUCCAGGCUCACCUGGGGGACACACGCGCGCCGGCUAGGACUCAGCAGCUACGACUACUGUCGCAGCUAUAAACAGAUAGAAGAUAAGGAGAACAUUGAACACCUCCUGUGCUUCUGCCCAGCACACAACCUCAACCGUUUUCAAAGACUAGGAAGCUACACGCUUCCAAACCUUGCAGCCAUACAAGGCACCAGCAUACCCAAACUCCUUUGUUUUCUGAAAAGAACCAACUGGUUCGAGAAACCCAAUAACCCAUGA